UUGUUUCCACAAAACCACUCAGACUGGUGUUGUUACAGUUAUUCCGUAGGUACUGUAAGUGAUACUGAAAUAGACUUGUUACUGAGUACCCCCUGUGCCCCCCUGAUGGUGGCCUGCCUACAGUGGGAGGUGCAAUGAAGCAAACUCAGCUGACUUACUUUAUUUACUGCAGUUUAGAUCAGUCAGGCAGUAUUGUGCAAUGAUAGCUCAAAGGCUACGGACCGGGGCCCAGGCUCUGCUGCAGCAAUCAUGCCAGGCCAAUGUACAAACUGUGCGAAAAAAGACCACUUUGGGAGUGUCAGGAGCCACCGUCAGUGAAAAGAAGACAUUGAAGACACUAGAUGACCUCCCUGGUCCCAAUUCACUUAAGGCUUUGUACUGGAUUUUCCUGAGAGGCUACUUGUUUCGUACCCAUGAGCUACAGGUAAUUUUCAAGAAGACUUAUGGGCCUAUGUGGAAACUCUCCGAUGGACAGCAACAGACGGUGAAUGUGGCAAGCCCAGAAAUCCUAGAAAGCGUAUUAAGAAAAGAGGGGAAAUAUCCCACAAGAGGAUACAUGUUUAUAAUGAGAGAACACCGGGACCUUAGGGGUCAUUCAUAUGGGCCCGUAACUGAAGAGGGACAUCAAUGGCACAGACUUCGCACAGUUCUGAACCAAAGGAUGCUAAAGCCGAAAGAAUCCAUGGUCUAUGCAGAAUCCAUGAAUCAGGUGGUAUCCGACCUGCUGGUCAAGAUAAAGGAAAUUACUGCUCAGAGUUCAAGUGGAACAACAGUGAAUGGUGUAGCCGACCUCAUGUACAAAUUUGCUUUUGAAAGUAUCUGUACAGUUUUAUUUGAGACUCGGAUCGGCUGUCUGAAUAAGGAAAUCCUCCCAGAAACACAGAAGUUCAUUGACUCCAUUGGAAACAUGCUGAAAUACUUAAUGGUGGUGAUGAGACUUCCACAGUGGACCAAGGGCAUUCUGCCCUACUGGGGGCGCUAUAUAGAGGCAUGGGAUACCAUUUUUGAAUAUGGUAAGAAAUUGAUAGACAACAAAAUGAAAGAAAUUGAUGAUCGUUUGAAACGAGGAGAAGAGGUUGAGGGAGAGUAUCUGACUUACCUUCUCUCCAGUGGGAAACUGAGCAUGAAGGAGAUCUAUGGGAGUGUGGGGGAAAUGCUCCAGGGAGGAGUAGACACGACAUCCAACACACUGACCUGGGCUCUGUACCAGCUCUCAAGAAACCCCAAAAUUCAGAACAACCUUUACCAGGAGGUGAUCAGUGUUAUUCCUGGAGAAACCACCCCAAGCAGUGAGGCUAUUGCCAGAAUGCCCCUGCUGAAGGCUGUGAUCAAGGAGACCCUCCGUCUGUACCCCGUGGUACCAGAAAAUGCUAGAAUGAUAAAUGAGAAAGAAGUGAUUAUAAAUGACUAUGUUUUCCCAGUAAUGACUCAAUUUGUCCUGGGCCACUAUGUCAUCUCUCAAGAUGAAACCACCUUCCCUGAACCUGAUAGAUUUCUUCCUGAGAGAUGGUUGAGGGAAUCUGGGAUAAAGCACCAUCCCUUCGGCUCUAUUCCCUUUGGAUAUGGGGUACGUGCCUGCGUGGGACGACGGAUUGCUGAGCUGGAGAUGCAGCUGGCUUUAUCCAGGAUCAUUAAGAUGUUCAAGGUAAUACCUGACCCAGAUCUGGGAGAGGUGGGGGCCAUAAACCGAGCAACACUGGUACCAAACCGACCAGUCAACCUUCAGUUUAUUGAGAGGCAGAGGCCAGAGUAAGGGUAAAUGUCACACAUUUGCUCUAUUCCGCAAGGACCAAACCAAUAUAAAGAUUGCUAAAGAGCAAUAUGGACAUUUCAGUGCAUUCUUACAAGCUGGUGUUAAAUCAUAUCCAAUUGACAAAAGAUGUUGUAUAAUUACAAAAAAACAGACAUAAGGGAGAUAAUUGGUUUCCAGGAGGUGCCCUCAAAGGCCACCCUGAUGGCAGUGAUUAAAGAAGAAACUAGACUUACCUUGAAAAUAAUUAAUUGUAUUUAAAAAUAAAACUGGGUUUUUGGUACUAUUUUCAA